AUGACUGGUCAAAAAGAACGUGUUUUUCCAAUGGUUGAUGUUGACAAUGAUGUAUAUAUAGCUUAUUUACCAUUAGCUCAUAUUCUUGAACUAUGCUGUGAAAUUCUUAUAUUCUACUUGGGUAUUAAAUGUGGUUAUUCAUCACCUCAAACGUUAACUGAUCAAUCAACAGCUAUAAAACGUGGUCAAAAAGGAGAUUUACAAGUUCUUCGACCACAUUUAAUGUGUUGCGUACCUACAAUUCUUGACCGUGUUCAUAAAGCAGUUAAUGAAAAAAUCAAUCAAUCAAAUAUUAUUCAACGUCAAUUAUUUCAUUUAUCAUAUAAAAUGAAAGUUAAACGUUUAGAACUUGGUCUUGAAAGUCCACAUCUUGAUAGAUUAAUAUUUUCUCGUUUUAAUCAAUUGGUUCUUGGUGGUCGAGUUAAAACAAUGUUAUGUGGUGGAGCUGUUUUAAGUGAAGAUACUCAACGUUUUGUCCAAGCUGCACUUUGUGUUACACUAUUUCAAGGUUAUGGUCUUACUGAAACAUGUGCAGCUGGAACUAUAGCUGAUCAAUAUGAUAUAACAAUUGGUCGUGCAGGUUUUCCACUUGUUUCAUGUGAAAUUCGUUUAGAAGAUUGGGAUGAAGGUCAAUAUAGAAAUACCGAUAAACCAAAUCCACGUGGAGAAAUUCUUAUCGGUGGAAAAGUUGUUGCUGAGGGAUAUUUUGCUGAUGCAGCCAAGGAAAAUAUUAAUUUUAAAACAAUUGAUGGACAAAGAUAUUUUUCAACAGGAGAUAUUGGAGAAUAUUUUCCUGAUGGAACAUUUAAAAUUAUUGAUCGAAAAAAAGAUUUGGUUAAAUUACGUGGUGGAGAAUAUGUAUCAUUAACAAAAGUUGAAAUGGCAAUAAGUAAAAUACCCAUUAUUGAAAAUAGUUGUGUAUGUGCAUCACAUUCAUCAGAACAUACAGUUGCACUUAUUUGUCCAAAUGCAAAACAAAUGUCUAAUUAUACGGAAAGACAUUUCGAUGAAAAAGAAUGGCAAAAAUUAGUUGAUGAUGAAGAAUUUACUGAACAAAUUCUUAAAGUAAUUCAAGAUGCUUGUAAAAAAGGUGGAGUUGAAAGAUUUGAAACUCCUCAACGUAUCAAAAUAGUAACUGAAAGUUGGACACCUGAAACAGGUCUUGUUACUGAUGCAUUAAAAUUAAAACGAAAAGCUAUUGAACAAAAAUAUAAAGAUGAUAUUGAAGAUCUUUAUCAAGAAAAACCAACAAAACAAAAUACAGAAAAAAAAACAAAAACUAAAGAAAAUAAAAAUCAAUUAACAAAUGAGAAUAAAUCUGUAGAAAAUAAUUCAAAACAACAAACAAUUGAUGAUAAAAGUUCAAAUGAAAGUCGAACUACUACUUCACAAAAUAUUAUUGAAAAAAGUGAUUUGAACAAAACAGAUUAA